AUGCCGCCGCGACCGCUGUCCAAGUCGAGCUCAACGUCGUUUCGCCCAACCAAUGAUGCAGCCACAUAUCGCGACCUGUUGCUGUUUGAAGAGCGGCUCAAGACAAACGCAGCGACGCUGACGCGGCGCAAGCACCGUUAUCAACUGUUUCUCGGACAGCUGCUGCUGAUCAUUGCGUUUCUGCUGUCCGAGGUGCUGCUGCAAACGAACCUGCUCGCGAUCCCAUAUGCGUAUGUGCUUUGUUGGGCGCUGCCCGAGGUGUAUCAGCCGGACACGGUCGUGCGUGUCCACCCGUACUUUGCGUCGGGUCUGCUGUGCGUCGCGGUGACGACGCUGGUGCUGUUCUUUGCGAGUGGGAUGUACGCGGAGAAGAUUGGGUAUGCGAACCGAUAUGUGCCACACGCGAACCGGGCGCUGCGCAACUUGAACAUGUACCUCAACGUGCGGCAGCCGCCGCUGAAGCUCCCGUUCAACCCGCUCGCGCUGCUCUUUCCGCGGCCACGAGAUCCACCGCCGCCAUCUCGCACCUCUUCUGCAGCAUCUGUCCGCCGCCGCUCGCCGAGUCCCAACGCACCUAACAAGCGCAGCACGAGUGUGCCGAUUCCGCCGAUCCCGCCAGCAUCGAAUCCGCGGGGCGAACUCAUCUUUUCGUCGCGUGUGGAGCGGGGGUUUCGAGAGUCGUACGAGCGGUACCGGGCGGCGUUCGAGCGGCGGAGGGAGGAGCGGGAGCGAGCGGCGUUUGGACAGACGUGGGUGGGGUGGGUGUGGCUGAAGGUGCGGUGGGUGCGCAAGGGCGCGGUGGCGGCAAAGGCGAGUGUAGGGACGCCGGGAAGGGGGAGCCCGAUGCCUUUGAGGGCGGGGCGGAGGGCGCCG